GCUGAAAAGUUUUCACAAACUGUAUGAUUCAAUUUUCCUGUGCACGACAUUCUUUUAGAUUUUUUUCGGUGAUUAAUUGAGUGAAAAUGAAUUACCUGUCCAGGAUUGUUGUUGCGAUCAUCGCAAUGACGUUGAUGUUAAUGAUGCGUAAUGGCCAAUGUAGCGGUAACGUAGGAAGAUCUCAUGUACAACGACCAUUUUCCGCAGCUGGCGCCGCUAGUAAUAUCGGUCCAAUAUCACCGUUAGUAUUUCAGAAAUAUAAUCUAACACCGGCAUCAUCGAUUGUGGGCACAAGUGUUGCACCAACCGAACAAUUAUUCAAUUAUGUACCGGCACCAAUUGCAAUAGCCGCAUCCAAUCCUCACCAUCAUCAUCAUCAUCAUUCAUCAAAAUCCUCAUUGUUAACACCGGAUUCAUCAUCCGCAUUGCCAAUAAUGACUGCAUUGAAAAGUCUUUCCCACCAAGCACGAACAGUGGCAUCAUCACCUGCUGCUUUGAUGGCUGCUGCACAGGCAGCAGUACCCAUUUCGUUGAAUGCAGCAUUGUCCGGUGCCUCAUCCAACAUUCCUGUCACAUACAAAUUCGAUUUACCAGAUUCAUUUAGCGGUGCAUUGGAACCAAACAAUUUGCUGGCCGGCGCUACUCGGCUGUUUGAAGGACAAAUCGUUGGGCCAACAUCGCUGGCAAUUCAUAAAGAUUUCAUUUAUGCUGGAACGGCCGGUGGUGCUGUUUGGCGUGGUAAUCUUCGUACCGGCAAUGCUACACGUAUAGCCAAAAUAAAUAAUGAAAUGUGUGAAAAAAAAUCAUGGGACUCAUCAUUAUGCGGACGACCAUUGGGUGUUCGUGUUGACAGUAAUGGUGUGCUGUAUUUCGUUGAUGCAUAUCUUGGUUUGCAUUCCAUACAUUUCGAUUCGGAUGACCGUGUCCAAUUGACACCAUUAUUAUCGGUGGAGCAGAUCGGUGGUAAAUAUAUGGGACAUUUAGUAUUGGAUGAAGGUGCAGGAAGUAAUGGUGGUCAUAUGGUCUAUGUAACCAUUGCAUCGGCCAAACGAGAUCUUACUCAAUGGACAGCCAUGGUUAUUGAACCGGAUACCACCGGAUUUGUUGCCCAAUAUGAUACCGGUAGCGGCCAGUAUUCAAUAAUAUGGGAUAAAUUAUGGUACCCUACUUCCAUCGAAAUUACCGAUGACCGGACGGCUUUAUUGGUUGCUGAAUUCAGUUCCCGAAAAGUACUCAAAUAUUACAUUAAAGGUCCGAAAAAAGGAACAUCCGAAAUUUGGGUGGAAAACCUUCCCGGUGAAUCGGAUCAUCUGAUACGAUCGGCCGACAAAACAAAAGAAACCUAUUGGAUGCCAAUCGUCAAUGCACGCAAUCAAUCCAAACCAAAUCUAUUGGAUUUCAUGUCGGAUAAACCAUAUCUACGAAAGGAAUUGCUUGAUAUUUAUGCCAAAAUGGGCAACCGUAUCGAACAACUUGGUCAGGAAUAUCAAAACGAACAAUUAGAACGAUUGGGUUUCCAAAUGAAAACCAGUCUCCAGUUUUAUCAACAGAACGUAGGCAACAAUUAUGGUCUGAUAUUGGAAUUGGAUGCCAAUGGCAAUAUAUUGGGUUCCUUACAUUCGGUGGCCGGCGUCAAUUCGUUCAUAUCGGAAGCCUUGGAAGGAGAAUCCGAUUCACCAAACGAGCGUGUCCUAUACAUCGGUUCAUUCGGCUAUCCCUACAUACUGAAACUGGUCAUACGCAAACCGGCCAUCGAUAUUGCCUCUCGAUUAGCGGUGGUGGCAGCUGCUGCACAACAGACACCGACCAUCGUUUCGUUGAACGAUCCGGCCGCAUUACGAAUGAUUCAGCGCAGCGGAUAUUCAGCCGCCAUUUCGAAUGACACCGCAACCAAUAUCGGCAUGAUUUCCCCGCUGUUACUUCAUCAAUCAUUGAACAGUACGACUGCUGCUAAUCAAUGGUCAUCAGUUCGUCAUCGUUAUUGAGAAUUCGUUUUUUUUUUUGAAAUUUGAUUUUAAUUUGAUAUAAAAAUGCCAACCCAAACAAAAUGUACUUGUAAAAUUAUUGCAC